UACACCGAACAUUUCAGCAAACACGUUCUCUUAUUUCUGAAGCGAGGAGACAUUAUUUAAAAUCGUGUACUUGUAUCUCACAGCCAUGAUUAAGAAAAUGUCACCAUCAGAAAACGACUUUGACGUCCCAGCAAAGAACUGCUACAGGAUGGUGAUUCUGGGCUCCACUAAAGUUGGCAAGUCGGCUAUAGUGUCCCGGUUCCUCACCGGUAAAUUCGAUGAGCAGUACACACCGACUAUAGAAGACUUCCACAGAAAACUUUACAGCAUCAGAGGAGAUGUUUACCAACUGGACAUUUUGGACACCUCUGGAAACCAUCCAUUUCCUGCUAUGAGGAGAUUAUCUAUCCUGACAGGUGACGUGUUCGUUCUGGUGUUCAGUCUGGACAACCGAGAGUCGUUUAACGAAGUGCAGCGCCUGAAGCGUCAGAUCUACGAGACCAAGUCGUGUCUGAAAAAUAAGACUAAGGAGAACAUGGCUGUGCCGUUGGUGAUCUGCGGGAAUAAAGGAGACCGUGAGUUCCAGCGCGAAGUGGCACGUGAGGAGCUCAAGCAGCUUGUGGCCGGGAACGAGCAGUGCGCGUACUUCGAGAUCUCUGCCAAGCGAAACACCAACGUGGACCUUAUGUUCCGCCAACUCUUCGACAUGGCCAAGCUGCCCAACGAGAUGAGUCCUGACCUGCACCGCAAGGUAUCAGCGCAGUACUGCGACAUGUUACACCGCAAGUCGUUUAAGGGCAAGAAGCCGAAAGACUGUGACGCGUACGGUGUGGUUGCGCCUUUUGCGCGCCGCCCCAGCGUGCACAGCGACCUCAUGUACAUCAAGGAAAAGGCUGUCGGUGGUGCCCACGGCAAGGACAGGUGUGUAAUUAGCUAAGCGCUUCACUCUGAAAAUAUAAAAUUACACGGGAUGAAACGGAAAUGUUGAACUACACGUCGGACGGAAGCGCGCGCGCGAGCGAAUGGAGAAGCGGAGUGCAGAUGCGCACGUGGCCCAAAUGGACUGGACGCUUUGUGGUUGCGCGCUUCUUUAAACCAAGCAAGAAUCCUGCUGAUGGAGUGUUGACUGUGCUCGGUUCACUCAGAGCGCUCGGUAGUUUCGAUCAGCUUUGAGAAAAUAGUGUUUUGUUCCAUCCGUAUUUGAACAUGGUGAAAUAGGCCACGCGCGCAGAGAUGCAGUGUUGAAUUAACUGAUUGUUUACAUUUUUGUAUGUUUUAUAAAAUCAUCGAACUUAUAUGAAUAUGUACUUUUCUGAACAAAGUGGUGUUAAACGUUCAUUUAUACUUUGUAAAUGUUUUAAACAAGAAAUAAAUAAACUGGCAAAUGAA